CGUCACUCUGAUUUCCUGGGCUCCUUGAGGGGUUGUUUCCAUGGUAACAGACAAAGACUACAGGGAGAGUGAUGACACCUGGACAAUGUCUUACCAAGGGUUUAUCGGCCGUCUUUCUAAGGAGGAUCAGGACUUCUACGACAUUAAAAAUGCUGCUGCAGAGUUUUACCGGGUUAACAGAAUCCCCCAGGAGAUAGAGAGAGCUCUGAACGAGCUCUUCUUCCACAAGCCCGAAGACGUUCACGGUUAUCUGGCAAAUCACUUUACAAACCUCUCUGCACCACCAACAAUCAGCAGACUGAAGGGAAAGGAGGUUUAUGAUGCAAGAGGACACCUAUCCACUGAGGCAGAGGUAUUCUGCAUCGUCUGCAACAAGGAAAAGAGCAUGUCCUCAGCUGUCGCCUCCAGCCACUUUGGGCCUAUGGAGAAUUCACUGGACUGGAAAGCUAAGAGUCAGGUGAGGGCUGACCAUGUGAUGACUGCUGUCCAGUGGAUCAAUGAACCUCUGAACAACAUGCUGAAGGGCCAAAACCCCUGUGACCAAUCAGAAGUCGACCAUAUACUCAGCAAUUUCUUCAUGGCCUGCGUCCUGGAGGAGAAAGACAUCUGGAACAAGGAGAAGGAAGAGAGUCGUUCAACCAGCAAGCCUGAGGUGGUGCUUCCUUCUCCACCACCUGAACAGACUAAAGACAAGAAGAGUGUUGAUAGAGGCAAAAAGAGCAACACUGCAGAGAAGCCAUUUCCUCCAGCCGAGCCACCAGAACCAGUUCUGCCUGGGAGCUUAGCCAUUGGCUCAGUGUCUCUGGCUGUGGCCAAAACUGGGGCACAAAUACAUGGUGUCCCUCUCUACAAAUACAUAGCAGCUCUGAAGAACAGAAAGGCUCCGGCAAAAUUCCACAUCCCUGUCUCCUUGGUAACUUUGCUGAGCUGUGGGAAGAAUUCUCCUGGAAAACUGAAUUUACUGGAGGAAGUCAUCCUGAUCCCCAAAGUGGGACAACGAGUCAAACAGAUCAUCACAAUGACCCUUGAGUUACAGAAGGAGAUGAUGAGAAUAAUGAACACUUCAACAAAAGCUGGGGCCACCCAGGCAAUUCUGUGUGACAGUGGAGCGCUGGCUGUGAGCUACGAGCGACCCGAGCAGCCUUUGGAUCUGAUCACUGAAGCCUGCACUAACUUUGGACUGGCACUGGGAACAGAGAUCCAUUUAGCAGUAAACUGUGCCGCCCCUGAGCUAAUGGACUAUUCUAAAGGAAAGUAUGAAGUUGCAACAGGAGUUUUGAAGUCUCCAGAUGAAUUAGUGGAUAUGUACCAAACCCUCAUCAGCAAAUACCCAGCAGUGGUGGCCUUAAUCGAUCCAUUUAGGAGAGAGGACAUAGACCAGUGGGAGAAGCUGAGCAAUGUGAUUGGAGACUCAUGUUCGCUGCUCUCUGACAUCAUGUACAAGUCAAAGGCUCCGCCCCUUCUGGGAGCCAGAGGUUACAUCUUAAAACACAUCCAUGAGACAACAGUCAGUGAUUUGAUCCGCAUCACAUCAGAGCACCAAGGUUCAGUUUUAAUGGGAACAACAUGCAGUGAGCCCUGCAGUGAUGACUCUUUGUCAGAUAUAGCUGUGGGUCUCGGUCUGGACUAUGUCAAACUGGGAGGUCUGAGCGGUGCUGAGAGGAUGACUAAAUACAACCGGCUGAUUUCUAUAGAGGAAGAACUGGCCCAACAGGGAAUCCUGGUCUUCAAGGAGAAGCACCCCCCUCCACUGUUCACUGAAAAACCACAGGAGCAGUCCACUACUGCAGAGAGUACUCUGUCUGACACUGCCUGCUCACAGCUCACAGCUUCUGUCUCUAUCAAGAAAGUAUGACUGGCUUCAAAUUUGUGUCAGUGCUACCACAUUAUAGUUUACUUUCAUAAUUAAAUUCUACUGUUUUCACUUACUCGCAGGUCAGGAUUUCACUUAUAAAACCUGCUGAGUUGAUUAUAAACAAAGUGCAUUAAUCUAGUGUUACCAUUCAGUUUCUAAAACCCUCAAACAUCUCAAUGCCACUUCAGGUAUAUGUAAGCCAUAUUAGCAGGUGCUGUACACUGCACCUCCUUACACAACACAAGUCUGCUUUCAGGUCACAAUCAAUCAUCUCCACAAAAAUAUCCAAACAUAGCAGCACUCAUAAGCCACAACACAGCAACACAUGAGCUGUAUUCACUACAGUGGAAACAGUAGAGAUCCACUGGUGGAGGUCAUUAUUUUAAGUGGCCACUGCUAUUUACAGGAUGUAUUUUUAUGAAUAAUGUUUGUGUCUUUUAGUUAUUUUCCCCCCAAUAAAAGACAAAUAUUCAGUUGC